AUGUUCCGGUCGCGGCGGGCCAGCCUGGUGCGGCGGCUCUGGAGGCAUCGCUGUGCCGGGCCCGGCCCCGAGGAUGGUCACGGCGCCCUCAAACCCGCCGCUCACGCCCUCUUCAAGAAGCUGAAGGACGAGGAGCUGGAGCUGCUGGUGCAGGCGGUGGAGAGCCGGGGAGCCGGGCCGUCGGGCUGCGUCUGGGUGGCCCGGGCAGAGCCGCGUGGCACCAAGCAGGCCCUGCCCCCUCAGGUGCUGCUCUGCCGGCUCUACCGCUGGCCCGACCUCCGGCACCCCCAUGAGCUCAAGCGCCUGAGCUGCUGCCAGAGCUUCGGGGUCUGGGGGGGCUGCGGCGAGGGGGCCACGCUCUGCUGCAACCCCCACCACCUCAGCCGGCUCGCCAUGCCCGAGACACCGCCACCCCCUUAUUCCAAAAUCUCCCCCUUCAGCUGCCCCUGGGCGGAGGUGUCGGAGCGCCCCAACUCCAGCCACCUGGAGUCUGGUUGCAACGCCCACGGAGACUGGCGAGACCCCGGCCUGGCAUGGAGCACCACCAGGGACGGCUGCUGGUGCAAGCUGGCCUAUUGGGAACACCGGACACGGGUGGGCCGUCUCUACGCCGUGCACGAAACCUCCGUCAACAUCUUCUGCGAGCUGCCGCAGGGGAGCGGCUUCUCCCUGGGCCAGCUGCAGGCCGAGAGGCGCAGUGCGGCCGUGCGCCGGGCCCGGAGCAAGAUCGGCCGCGGGCUGCUGCUGAGCCGGGAGCGGGACGGAGUGUGGGCCUACAACCGCAGCGAGCACCCCAUCUUCGUCAGCUCUCCCACGCUGGGGCCCCCCGGCGCUCGCGGCCCGCCCGUGCACAAGGUGCUGCCCGGCUACUCCCUGCAGGUCUUUGACUAUGAGCGCGCGGGUGGCCAGACCGGCUGGCGGAGGCCAGGCGAUGGGCCCUGCGACCCCAACAGCAUCCGCAUCAGCUUCGCCAAGGGCUGGGGCCCCUGCUACUCGCGGCAGUUCAUCACCGCCUGCCCCUGCUGGUUGGAGAUCCUGCUCACCAAGCCCCGCUGA